UGCCUGUUGCCAGGGGUUUGACUAUCUGCUGCAAAGGUAGUUUGCAUGAUAUCUGGAAGAGAAGAAUGAUAUCAGAAUGAUUUCUGCGAGAAGGGUGGCAGAAAAAUAUCCGUUGCAUUAUUUGGUUUGGCAUAAUAGAUACAAGGAUCUGGAAAAGGAACUUAGCACCAAGCAGGUUGACAUUGAACAACUUGACCCAAGAGGUCGGACUUCAUUGCACCUUGCUGUUACGCUUGGAUACCUGGAGUGUACAAGAGUAUUACUAAAACAUGGCGCUGAUGUUAGUAAGGAAAAUCGUAAUGGAUGGACAGGUCUCCAAGAGGCAAUAAGUACAGGGGACCUGGAGCUGGUGCAACUUGUCCUUCGAUAUCGCGAUUACCAAAGAUCUAUUAAACGACUGUCAGGGAUCCCUUGUCUAUUAGAGAAACUCCGUCAGGCACAGGACUUUUAUGUUGAAAUGAAAUGGGAGUUUACAAGCUGGGGAAUAAAGGAAGAGGAUUUCAUUUUAUUGGGAGGUGAUAAAGAAGUAUGCUGGUUAGUAGAUGGUAUGGGGCUUUGUUCGGCUGAUGUGUGGCAUUACAAGAAAUCCAGAUUAUUGAUGUCUUGGCAGCCAAACAUUCAGGCUAUCUGGAAAUUUGAAGACAACUGUGCAGUUGUAAUGGAGAUUGACCACGAUCGACAGAUGGUUUACUCGGAAACUCUGUCGCUGGCUAAUUAUGACCGGGACAUGCUGUUGGCUGCCGUGCAGCCCUCAGAGGAACAGGUGGCAAGCCGUCUCACCACCCCCAUCGUCACUACACAACUAGAUACCAAGAACAUCUCGUUCGAAAGAAAUAAAUCUGGAAUCCUGGGCUGGAGAAGUGAGAAGACCGAGAUAAUAAAUGGAUAUGAGUCCAAGGUUUAUGGAGCUUCCAACGUGGAACUAGUUACUCGGACAAGAACGGAGCAUCUGUCAGACCAGAACAAGAGUAAAAGCAAGGGGCACCGGCGACACAAACCUGUUUCAUCAGCGUCCACUCUGUUGGUCCACCAACGAGUUAUCUCACCGAGCAGCCAGAAGAUCAGAAGCAGUAAAACACCUCUCCAGUCUUUCCUGGGCAUUGCAGAACAACAUGUUGGACCACACAAUGGGGCAUUCAUUACUCAGACAUUCAGCAGUACCAAUCCAACAUCCAUUACUCCAGAGGAAUACUUCAACCUGAGCUUUGACCUGGGAAGUCGAGAUAUUGGACGUUCCAUGGAGCUCACCACCAAAACACAGAAGUUCAAAGCAAAACUCUGGCUGUGUGAGGAUCACCCACUUUCCCUCUCUGAGCAGGUAGCUCCCAUCAUCGAUCUAAUGGCAAUAAGCAAUGCACUUUUUGCUAAACUUAGGGACUUCAUCACUCUUCGGCUCCCCCCAGGAUUUCCAGUCAAAAUAGAAAUUCCAAUUUUUCACAUCUUGAACGCUCGUAUCACCUUUGGGAACCUGAAUGGCAGCGAUGAACCUGUAACCUCCAUCAGGAACAGUCCUACCAGUGAGGCUCCAUCUCCCAGCAGUGAUACGUCCAGUGUGAGCAGCUCCAGCUCCAUGACUUCGUGUCGUGGCUGUGAUAUGGACCCAGCACUCUUUGAAGUACCCAGAGGCUACACUGUGGUUGGCAGCAACCGGGAUUCUCUGAGGGAAGAGGAUGACGACCUCUUGCAGUUCGCUAUUCAGCAGAGUCUGCUGGAAGCGGGCACUGAAUAUGACCAGGUGACCAUCUGGGAAGCACUGACCAACAGCAAGCCAGGAACACGCCCGAUGACGUGUGAGGAUAGAAAAGGAGAAAGAACACCACAACAUAAUAUUCUCAGUCAGCCCAGCACCCAGCACAUACCCAGCAACCAACUAUACCCCAACUAUGAUGAGCAGCUGCGACUGGCUAUGGAACUCUCUACAAAGGAGCAAGAGGAAGUAGAGAAACGUAAACGGCAGGAGGAGGAAGAAUUGGAACGCAUUAUUCAACUUUCACUCACUGAGAAAUAGUA